AUGAUAGAGCUGCUGGGCGCCGCAUCGUGUACUACCGACCCACGCCAAGGCGCGGGGCGGUGGUGCUCGCCGGCGCUCGCGGUGCUUCGCAAACUGUCGUGGCCGACGGCGGCGCACGGCGACACACCCAGCGUGCGCGGUCACCUCGCCGCUACGCUUUCGCUUGUGAUGGUUCGCUCGCUCCUCCUCCUCGCCUGGAGGCGCACCUCGAGCGAGGUGCUCCGCCUGAGUCACCUGGACGCAGCCCCGUCGACGACGGAGAUUGUUUUUGUCGGGGACGCGUCAUGCGGCAAGAGCGAGCUCCUCUGCGAGGCGCUCCGUCACCGCCCCGUGGGCUUUGCCGCCGCCGACGAGGCGCCGGGUCUCGAGGCGCAGCGGGUCGGCGUCAUCGUGUGCUCGGCCGUGCAGGCAGACGGUUUCGAGAGCCUCCUGCCGUACGUCAAGCGGUGGCGGCUCGCGCUGCGCCGCGACUUUGGCGGGCGGGUGCCGGUGGUGCUCGUCUGCACCAAGGCGGACCUCACCCCGAUGCGGCUGCCGCUCAUCCAAGCGCUCGAGGAGCAGGGCGUCGCCUGCCUGACCGUGUCGGCAAAGGUUGGGACCAAUAUUCGGCACCUUUGGCAGCUCUUUGCGCGCGGGCUGCCGCCUGCGCUGCUGUCGACGGCGGCGCGCCGCCACGGCCUCCUCCUCCGCCUCCAGGCGCUGCUCGACCUCGCGUAUGGCGCACUCCUCGUCGCCGCCGUCGCCGCCGCCGUCUUCGUGCAGAAGGUCGGCCUGCCCAUGCUGGUGCGCGCGCUCGUCCCUUGGCCCGGGGCGCACCCGUCGCCGGCCCGACCGCCGCCGCUCCAGCUCGCCUCCGGCCGCCUGCCCACCCUCUGCGAGAGGGGAGACGGGUUCGGCCCCCUCGCGCUCCGGCGCGUGCUGACCUUCCCCUGA